AAGCGCCGGGCUUCCCGGUGCCGGCAGGCUGGGCUGCCGGUCCUCGACGCCCCCGGGAGCUUUGCCGAGGGGUGCGUGUCCCGCAGGUUUCCUAAAAAAGUAUAAAUUUCUAAUGCUCCUGUGGCUACCGAAAUUUACGUCUGUAAACGACUCAGCUGCUCUCCUUCUGAUAAAGAUUACAGAGCCAACGGGAAAUGUUGGAUGGGAUCUCUGGGGCGUUCCCUCCGUUUUGCGGGAGGGAAGACUGACACUGCCCCUCCUGAAGUAAAAAGAUGGGAGGAGGGAGAAACAAAUCCUUUGCGCGAGGCAGAAGCCUCUGAAGCUCAACUGCAGUAAAUCAAUAAAAAGAAAACAGAAGUUUAAAACGGAGGCGGGGAUCUGGGGCGAUGGUUGCCUAGGGCCCGUCAGCUGCUUCGCGGUGCUGCUCUAACCUCGGCUCUGUGAAUGUAAUUACCGCUGUGAGCGGCACACUUAGCAGAAAUUAGUCUGGGUUUCCUUUGUGGCUUCCCAUGAACUUCUGAAUGGGUUUUCAAGUCUUUGCAGGAACAUCUCCCCGAGAUGGUUAUCCUGUCCCGGGGGGGUGACUCACCCGAGCACCUGUUGGUCUCUGCUGUAGGUUAUGCUGCUGAUAAUGCCUGGAUCCCGAGCGGAGGACUGCUGGGAGGGGGAAUACUUGCACGAAGGUCACUGCUGCGUAUCUUGUCCAGCAGGUAAGACUUCAGGCAGCUACAGCUGAUGACGGCCAUGGUUUUUUACCUGUGGAGAUGACUGCAUCACUACUGGGUGGUGGGUUUUUUUGGGGUUUUUUUUGUUUUUUUUUUUUUUUUUACACUUCAUCCGGUGAAAGCAUGAGCCUGGUUGGAGCUGUGGUAGUUUCUUGGUGCUGUUGAGGCCAGUCUCCAUUUUGAAGUGAGAGCCCCUUGCGCAAUAGGUGAUGACGGAGGGGCGCCUUGGCAGCAAGCCAGGAGAGCUCCGCCUGCUGUCGAGAAUGAAGUGUUCAAAGUUGGGUGCUGGUGUGUUCUUUUUUUUUAAAAAAAAAAAAAAACAACCAACUUUAUUUAGCACAAAGAACAGGCUUAAGGGAAUUCUGAUAUUCCUGUAUCUAUAGGUGACACUUCAGUUUGCCUGUGCGUUCUCCUUCUUGCUUAAUGCAUGCACAGUUAACAAGCUCUGUGCCAACAAGUGCCCUGCCCUUAGGUAGUAUCGAAGGGCUAUUGGGUAUAUUUAAAGGUAAUUCAGAUGAUGAAGAGAGGUUGCUAUGAGCAAGUCUUCCUGUGCCCACUGUGUUCCUUCAGAGGUGAUGGUGCUGGCCACCUAGGUGACUCUUGGAGGCUGCAGUGAGUCAUCCCCGUGCCCAGUGUGUCCUGGCAGAGGCCUGGCUGGGUGCCUUGUUUGCUGCCACUCCCUGUCUGAGCUGCAAGAUGGGAACGUGCCUCCUGACCCUUGUCAGUUCACGUGCUGUACUGAUGUGAAGAGGGGUUGAUCUUUUACCAAAAAUGGCUUUGUGUCAUAACAUCCUGUUAUAGUCCUCUGCCCGUUCAAUGAUCCCUUGAGACUGCUGCCGCGGCUGGUUCUCCUCUUCCACAGGUACUUACGUUGCUCAGCACUGCAGUGCUUCGCAUUUGAGAGGAAGAUGCGUCCCUUGCACCGAAGGAGAGGGUUACACUGCCCAUGAGAACGGCUUGGAAGAAUGCUUGUCGUGCAGACAGUGCAAAGAGGGUGUCCGGAAGGGAGAGAAAUUGUGCAGAAUUGCAAUGCUACUAUGGACCUAGGAUGUGGCUUACCCGAUCAAGGAAACACAGCUUUUGUUUGCGCUAUUGUGAUUAUUUUAGUGGUUGUUGGUUUGUUUCUGUUCCUUGCAAUUAGAAAGCUGAAGAAUAAUAAAGCUGCUUCAAAGAAUAAAGAUGUAGAGAAAGGCCUGGAACCUGAGUGCAGUACUACAAGCCUCAUUUUAGCAGAAGUAGAGACACCUGCAAAUAAGGGAGGCAACCCAGAGGGUGAGAACUCUAGUGAGAGCCCAGAGGGCCAAGCGCAAACCACGGGCUGGAAGUGCCGUGUGAAAAAGUGCUGGAAGAAGGUCAUUGGCUCUUCAAAAACUGGGCAGAAUCCUGCUUUUCAUCAGAAUGCCCUGUCUAAUGUAUCAAGUGGUAGGAUGCCAGCAGAUCAUACGGUACGAAACCCGAAGUAUCAAAUAAAGGUUAAAGAUCUCUCUCAAAAAGCUUCCAGCUACAGUUUUAUUCUGAGCAUUAGUGAAGAGGAAGCCAGGGUGAAGGCUUUGAACGAGUACCUGAGCACUCGUAGUUAUAUCCAGGGGUUCACAUUUUCACAUGCAGAUGUGGAGGUAUUCAGAAAGUUUUCGGGGCCACCUGUGGACCGGUAUAUCCAUGUUGUCCGGUGGUACAGACACAUAGAAGCAAUCUAUGAUGGCAGCAGUGAAAAAAAUGAGCCCCGUAAACUUCAAACAAGUAAAGGCAAGCGUGUGCAGCCCGCCUGGUCUCCCCCUGAAGGGACAAAACAUUCUAGACUCUGCCUCUACAACAGCCUGACUCGCAAUAAGGAAAUAUUUCAGCCUCAGGAUGGAAAAAAGGUCUUGUGGUAUUGCUGUGGUCCAACAGUUUAUGAUGCUUCUCACAUGGGACAUGCCAGGUCAUACAUCUCAUUUGAUAUCCUGAGAAGAAUCUUGAGGGAUUAUUUUAAAUAUGAUGUUUUCUAUUGUAUGAAUGUCACAGAUAUUGAUGAUAAGAUAAUCAAGAGAGCAAGACAAAAUUACCUCUUUGAACGGUAUAGAGAAAACAAAUCAGCACCAGAUCAGCUACUUGAAGAUGUUAAAACUGCCUCAGAGCUCUUUUCAGUUAAAUUAAAUGAGACAACAGACCCAGAUAAGAAACAAAUGUUGGAAAGAAUUCAAAAUGCAGUGAAGUCUGCUUUUGACCCUCUACAAGAAGCUGUGCAAGCAAAACUCCCUGCAGAAGAGAUCAACAGAUGUCAUGAGAUACUGUUGGAAGAAGCCAAAGAUUUGCUGUCUGACUGGUUGGACACAAAAUUUGGCAGUCAGGUGACUGACAAUUCCAUAUUCUCAAAGCUCCCCAAAUUCUGGGAAGGGGAAUUUCAUAAAGAUAUGGAAGCACUCAAUGUUUUACCUCCAGAUGUUUUAACACGGGUUAGUGAAUAUGUGCCAGAAAUUGUGGAUUUUGUGAAAAAGAUUGUGGAUAAUGGUUAUGGGUAUGUGUCCAAUGGAUCUGUAUACUUUGAUACUAUGAAGUUUGAUUCCAGUGAAAAGCACUCCUAUGCUAAGUUGGUUCCUGAAGCUGUAGGUGAUCAAAAAGCUCUUCAGGAGGGUGAAGGUGACCUGAGCAUCUCAGCUGAUCGCUUAAGUGAGAAGCAUUCUCCAAAUGAUUUUGCUUUGUGGAAAUCCUCCAAGCCAGGAGAGCCCUCAUGGGACUCUCCGUGGGGAAAAGGUCGUCCAGGUUGGCACAUUGAGUGUUCCGCAAUGGCUGGAUCCAUUCUAGGACAGUCGAUGGAUAUUCAUGGAGGAGGGUUUGAUCUCCGAUUUCCCCACCAUGACAAUGAACUGGCACAGUCUGAGGCAUACUUUGAAAAUGAUCACUGGGUUCGGUAUUUUCUGCAUACUGGCCACUUAACAAUUGCUGGCUGUAAAAUGUCCAAAUCUUUGAAGAAUUUCAUUACCAUAAAAGAUGCACUGAAGAAACAUACAGCACGACAGUUACGGUUGGCUUUCCUCAUGCACUCUUGGAAGGAUACACUGGAUUAUUCAAAUAAUACCAUGGAGUCAGCUAUUCAGUAUGAGAAGUUUAUGAAUGAGUUCUUUUUAAAUGUGAAGGAUAUUCUUCGAGCUCCCACUGAUGUGACAGGCCAGUUUCAGAAAUGGGAAAAACAGGAAGCUGAGCUGAACAAAAAUUUUUACGACAAGAAGGCAGCAAUUCAUGAAGCACUGUGUGACAAUAUUGACACUCGCUCUGUCUUAGAAGAAAUGCGUUCGUUAGUCAGUCAGAGUAACUCCUAUAUUGCUGCAAAGAAAUCUUCCAGACAAAUGCCAAACAGACUUCUUUUAGAAAACAUCAGUUCCUAUCUCACUCAAAUGCUAAAGAUUUUUGGUGCCAUAGAAAGCGAUGACACAAUUGGUUUUCCUGUUGGAGGGAAUAGUCAAAACAUAAAUAUUGAAUCUACAGUGAUGCCAUACCUGCAAGUUCUUUGUGAGUUCAGAGGAGGAGUGCGACAAAUAGCCAGAGAGAGGAAAGUAACUGAAGUGCUGCAGCUGAGUGAUGCUCUUCGAGAUGACAUUCUUCCUGAACUCGGUGUUCGAUUUGAAGAUCAUGAAGGACUUCCAACUGUGAUUAAAUUAGUGGAUAAGGACACAUUAUUGAAAGAAAGAGAAGAAAAGAAAAAGAUUGAAGAAGAGAAAAAAAGGAAGAAAGAAGAAGCAGCCAGGAAAAAACAAGAGCAGGAAGCAGCAAAACUGGCAAAAAUGAAGAUUCCACCACAUGAAAUGUUUAAAUCAGAACGUGACAAAUAUUCCACGUUUGAUGAAAACGGAUUUCCCACCCAUGAUACAGAAGGCAAAGAACUCAGCAAAGGACAAAUUAAGAAGCUAAAGAAACUGUAUGAAACCCAAGAAAAGCUAUACAAGGAGUAUCUACAAAUGGUUCAGAAUGGAAGUGCAAAUUGAAAACAACAGAACUUUUCUUAGAAGGCGAGUGCUGGGUCACUGUUGAAGAAGUGAGCAUAUACCGAUGCUCAAAUUCCUGUUUACACUUUCUAUUAUGUGCAAAGUAAAAAUCCUGUUUACGUGGAUUAAUAAUGUCAUCUGGAAAGUCAAUAAAAAUCCAUUCUUAAAAAAAGCCAACCUGUAAGAAGUUUCUUUGCAACAACAGUAGCAGGUUGAAUGGUUGCCAGUUCUAUUUGGGAAGGUGCUGCUCAGUCAGCAAAUCCAUGUAAGAAUUCUUGUUUAUUAUAGCUGUCCAGGCUUUGGUUAAUUUGUCCUGCAUACUGAUCUCUAUCUAAAACCCACUCUGGCUUGCAUUCUGGAAUAUGUCACAGUCAGCAAAAUUUACUACUAAAUGGGAGCUGAGUAAUUUGUCCCACAGCAAGAACAGUAUUUUCCAGAUGACUUUAGUAUCUUUACAUAAGCAGGAAAAACUGGGUAGUUCCACUAUGAUACUUACUCUAACUGCUGGUAUUGAACUCUCUCAUAAGUAUACUCAGAACACUUUGCAUAGUAGAAGCGAACAGUCCCUUUGUUGCAAAAGGGAAGAGAUCAUCAUCUUUACUCAACCUGCAGCUGCAAUCAAGUGGGUAAGUACAAGGCAAAUGCACCUGCAUUGAACAAACAGGUGGGAAAGACAUGAAGGAUGGUGUGUUCUUGGAGCUACCCCUCCAAGGAAACAGGAGUGCUGUCAAAGUACCUAAUUACCUGUUCAGAGCCAAGGGGAAUUAACAGAAAGUUUCUUACUGAGAUACAGUUUGUGGAUUGGUUUGCAAUUAAGAAAUUCAGCUAUAAAUUGCUUGUUAUUCAAGACUGAUGUUUUUAACAUGACAAUUUAACACUGAGUUGAUAACCUUUCUGGUAUAGUAUGGUCACAUUAUGUCUGCAAGGACAGUUCUCUGUUGCCUAAUAACACAUUUCCUUGGCAUUACCUACUUCAUGAAAUCCUAAAAAAUAUCUCACCUAAUUCACAACUGCAUAUAACAGCUAAGUGUCCGAUAUGCAGAACUAUAUUCAAGUAUUCUUAAGCCUCAGGCUGACUUGCAGAAGGUCAUACUGUGACACCUCUCUUCUCUCAACUCUUAGGUUCAUGCUAUAACCAUUAGUCUAUGUUCCUUAAUUAAGAGUUAAAACAUCUUUGCUUUAUCUUUAUAUUUAUAUGCUUUAUAUUUAUAUUCCUCCUUCUGAAGAAUGAACAUUUGGAGUAACAGAAAAGUCUAAUAGGUUUUUUUCUAGUUUGUCUGUGUUUGCCUUUGAAAACAUGCGUAAUGUUAAGGUCAGUAAAGCACAUACAUCUUGUAUGCAGAAAAUAAAAUCUGUUGUAAAGUACAAGUCGUAGGUGACCUUUGUAUAGUGGGAAGAAUAUAGAUGUUAUCUUUAUUCCACAACCAUUUUUUAAAAUGUGGUUUACAGAGCUUUUCCUUUAGCUUGCUCUUACUAACUUAAUUCAUUUUGCAUUCACUAUUUGAUUAUUCUACUGAUU